GACCAACACCACCACCCCUAGGCGAGCAACCAACCAACCAGACGAGGACGACUGCACUUCUCAGCCGGCGGAAAGACGAGAGCAAAACAGACUCGGCGUGAUGGUCUGCAGCGGUGGUGGCGGGAGGCCGCCCCCGGGGGCGCGCAGCUGAUCUAGAAUGCUGCUGGGGCUGCUAGUGUUACUUCUGGCGGCGGGCGGAGGGGCGUCGGGGGCCGGGGCGGCCGCCUCCGCGCUCGCCGGCCGCACGCGCAUAAACUCGGGCAGCCUGACGCCGUCGGUCGGGGCCCCGCGGGCCCACGCGCCGCCCCGCCGCCGCGACGUCUACAUCGCCGGCUUCUUCCCGUUCGGCAAGCACGUGGCCGAAUCGCGGCUCGGCCGCGGCGUCAUGCCGGCGGUCAAGCUGGCCGUCGACCACAUCAACGACAACCCCGACGUGCUGCACAACUACCGCCUCCACAUCUAUUGGAACGACACUGAGUGCAAUGCCGCUGUGGGGGUGAAGGCCUUCUUCGACAUGAUGCACGACGAGCCGCACAAGCUAAUGCUCUUCGGUGCGGCCUGCACCCAGGUCACCGACCCCAUCGCGAAGGCCUCCAAGCACUGGCGCAUAACCCAGCUCUCGUACGCCGACACGCACCCAAUGUUCACGCCGGACAACUUUCCCAACUUCUUCCGAAUCGUGCCGAGCGAGAAUGCGUUCAACGCGCCCCGUCUGCGGCUGCUGGAGGCCUUCAACUGGACCAGGGUCGGCACCAUCUACCAAAACGAGCCGCGCUACUCCUUGGCCCACAACAAGCUUGUCGCAGACCUGGACGACCUGAAGGCUGAGGUGGUGGAGACGCAGAGCUUCGCGAAUGACCCUUCGGAGGCGGUGGCCAAACUGCGCGCCAAGGAUGUGCGGAUCGUGCUGGGCAACUUCAACGAGACCUGGGCGCGGAGCGUGCUGUGCGAGGCGCUCAAGCAGGGCAUGAUUGGCAGGAAACACCAGUGGCUCCUCAUGGGCACUUACAGCGAGCGUUGGUGGGAGGACGAGCCUCGGCUGGACAUUUUCGAGGACGUGACCCCUCGACCUGGCGAGUGCAACUCUGACCAGCUGCGGGAGGCCCUGGAAGGCGUAAUCCUGACCGACCUGCUGCCCCUGAGCACCAGCGGCGACGUCACAGUUGCGGGCAUUACCGCAGAUGAGUAUAAGGCUGAAUAUGAUUUACGGCGGGGCAGAGAGUACUCGCGAUUCCACGGCUACACCUACGACGGCAUCUGGACGGUGGCCCUGGCCAUCCAACACGUGGCCAGGGCCAUCCACCGUUUCCGCCCCAACCAAACCGUGUCCGACUUCCACUACCGGGACGUCCUCUGGGAAAACCUGUUCCUCGAGGCGCUCCGAAACACCAGCUUUGAAGGAGUCACAGGCCCUGUGAGAUUUUACAACAAUGAGAGGAAGGCCAACUUUCUACUGAAACAGUUUCAAGAUGGCGAAGAAGUAAAGAUUGGCGAGUUCAACGGAGUGACCGAGCAGCUGGACCUGAGUCUCGGUGAGCCGAUCAAGUGGCACGGCCGCGGACCGCCGAAAGACCGCACCAUCACCCUAAUCGAGCACACGCGUAUCGACCUGAAGCUAUACGCGCUGCUCGCCACCAUCUGCACCCUCGGCAUCAUAAUGGCAAUCAUCUUCCUCGUCAUCAACAUCACCUACCGCAACCAGAGGUACAUAAAAAUGUCCAGUCCGUACCUGAACAACAUGAUCAUCGUGGGCUGCAUGCUGACCUACCUGAGCGUCAUCUUCUUGGGCCUGGACAGCCAGCUGACGUCGGUCUCCAGCUUCCCGUACAUCUGCACGGCGCGGGCGUGGCUGCUGAUGUCUGGCUUUUCGCUGGCGUUCGGCUCCAUGUUCUCGAAAACGUGGCGCGUGCACUCCAUCUUCACUGACUUAAAACUCAACAAAAAGGUGAUAAAAGACUACCAGCUGUUCAUGGUGGUGGGCAUUCUGCUGAUGAUCGACGUGGCAAUCAUGACCACCUGGCAGGUCACGGACCCUUUCUACAGGGAGACAAAGCAGAUGGAGUCCUACCCUCACGCAACCAGUCCCGACACAGUGAUUAUUCCAGAAAACGAAUACUGCCAAAGUAACAAGAUGACCUACUUCAUCGGCGGCAUCUACGCGUACAAGGGACUCCUUUUGAUCUUCGGUGCUUUUCUCGCGUGGGAAACGCGACACGUGAGCAUUCCUGCGCUCAACGACAGCAAGUACGUGGGCAUGUCCGUGUACAACGUGGUGAUCAUGUGCGUGAUGGGGGCCGCGAUCUCGUUCGUGCUGAGCGACCAGAAGGACGCCUCCUUCAUCAUCAUCUCUGUCUUCAUCAUCUUCUGCACCACCGGCACCCUGUGCCUUGUGUUCGUGCCAAAGUUAAUUGAACUGAGGCGAAACCCUCAGGGGUCGAUGGACAAGAGGCUGAGGGCCACCUUGAAGCCCAUGACAAAGAACGCCAGGAGGGACUCAACAACGUCCGAAAUGGAGGAGAAACUCAGGGAUGCCAAGGGACUGAAUCAGCGUUUCAGAAAAACACUCAGGGAAAGAGACACUGAACUUCAGGCCCUAAUUCAGAGGUUGGGCUCUGACGCGGAGGACCUGCCAGGCGAUCCGCCUUCUAGACUGACUGUGCCCAAAGAUACUGCUCCCAGGAGAGAGGCGCCCUCUGGCACUGAAACUACUGACAUCAGCUCAUUAUGUUCAUUGGCUUCCUGUCAAGAAGUUGGCAUUGACCCUGCCAACCAGUCGGACACUCCUGGACAGAGGAAAAGGACGAACUUCAACAAGCUGCCGACGAUCUCGGCGUCGAAAGAGACUGUGGCGAUGACGAUGACGACGAGCGAGCCGCCGGCGGCCGUGCUCAUGUCGUCGACGGCCUCGAUGACGAUCGAGUCGACGCCCGAGGAGCGGCACACGUCGGAGAAGAGCUGCGGCGUCGAGUCGGACGUGUCCGACGACGACCGGACGGUUCCCGAGAUGGACGAGUCGGACCAGGAGGUGCCGCUGCCCAGCAUCCGCAAGGGCGUGUCCUUCAGCGACGUCACCGGCGACGACGAGUCGCCGCCAACCGGACGUCGGCCGCCCACCCCCAAGCACACCACCCCCAAGCACAAGACGCCGCAGCCGCCCACCCCGCCACCGUCGCUGCGCCGUAGGGCCUCCUCGGGAGCACGCACCCCCACGCACCAGGGCCGCCGGCCGUCGGCGCCGGCCAUCGCGGCAAAGGAGCACGGUCACCACCACCACGGCCACCACCAUCAUCACCACCACCACCAUCACGCGCACCACCAGCCGGCGCACUACCACGACGUCUCCAGGAGUGAAGAAGUCCUGCUCGAUGAGCCGGAGAGUCCACACAGUUCGUCGCCGAUGCAGCGGUCAGUGUCGGAGAGGUCGCGCGGUGGCUCGUCGUCGUCGCUGCGGGCGGCGGCGUCGGCCCCGAACGGCGGCGUGGACGCGGUGGCCGCCGUGCCGACAUCGACCGGGGGUCGCGGACGCACCAAGUCGGCGGCCGCGUACAGCUUGGUGCAGAGCUCGCCGAACGUCAGCAUGGACGGCGCGGCGACGCUGGGCCGCGUGCCCAACAAGAAGCAGCACAUCAACAACAACAUGUCGGCGGCCGACCUGGCCGACAACCUGGCCAUCCUGCCCAUCUUCCAGAAGCUGCUGAGCGAGCGGCACCGCACCCGCGGCGGAUACUCGAUCGCCUCCUGCCCCAACAUCUCCAUCAAGUGCGACAUCGUCGAGUACCUCUAGAUAAUCAAAACACAAAAACCCUCCCUUUCGCCCCCUGAACAAAUCGAAGAAGCUGCUUUUUCCCCUCCACCUGCUGCUGCAGAGUUGCGCGGACUCCUGCUUGUUGUUGUUCGUUGUUGUCCAUGGGAGCCGCGGACUCCAGCCCUGAAUGAGGACGCGACGGGUUGCACUCUGUGCUGGAUUGGAUAGGAUUUUGCGGUCAAUUCCGAUCUCUCGAUGGCUGAUAUUUUAAUUAAUUUUAUUUUCUCAUUGAGUGAUUUGAGACAAAAAAAAUAUGUUAAAACGAGAUACUUACAGUUUGUUCUGACUGACAAAAUUUCUCAAUUUUAUCAUUUUUUUUUACAUUGAAGGGGAUUUUCAAUUGACAAAGCUCUAGCAAGUGGUGAAUUUAAUUUUUCAACAAAAGUAAUUUUCAGAUAUUUGCUUAAUUUUGAAUCAAAACUCUGCAGUAACUCUUAAACAAAAUUUUCUGCUUGUUCUAUCGUGCAAAUAAAUUUUAAAAAAAUAUUUUGAACGUGAAAGCUUCAAUUUAUGGAGCUGCUAAUCACAUAAGGAUUUUGGGGAAUAGAGACUUGUGCAGAAAUUAUUUUAAAGUAAAUUAGUUACAUGCGUAAAAUCCUUCAAAGUUCAAAGCCACUAGCUUAUUGGGCCUCCGUUUAUAUUUACAAUAUUAUUGGGGAGUUUUGAGUUCUGUUUCUAGCCACGAAAAGAUCUCAUUUAACUGUGCUGAUACAAAAUUCAUUUCAUCCUUCCGCGGGAAAAAUGCCAAGAAAAAUUUAUCAAACAAAACAAAUUAUUUUAUUACGUAAUGCAGGUCAAAAAGGUUUUACUUUUACAGCAAAUUAAUUGGACAUUACUUCGUUUAAUACUAACACAAGCAGUUUUAAAUUAAAAAUAUGGGUUGGAAGUGCCCCAAAAUUAAUAGUAAUAGGCGAUAAGCACCAUUUGUUAGUGGCUUUGGUACAAGACAAUUUUUUUAUUUGUUUCGUCACUAUCGUAAUUUACUAAAAUUGCAUUUCCAUUAUUUUAAAAAUCGGUUCUUUCGUUUACUAAUUAUUAAGAGAACCAUUUUUAAUUUACUGUCAGCAAAAGUGAUCUCGAGUUAUGAUUUUUCUUGCAUAAAACAGUAAAGAUUUUUAUUAGAUCAGCCACAGAAAUGUUCAAGAAGCAUCAAAUUGUAAUGUGAUUUGCGUGAAAAGAAAGACUACUAAUCAAGUUUGCCGAAUACCCGCAAAAUUCCCGGUCCCCUCCCCCGUGCUUGUCGACCGCAGUGUCCGAUUCGACAAGAUAAAAACGUGAUUUAACUAAGUGACAGCGUGCUGGAAUUAGUGCAAAAUGGUGUAUAUUAGCGGUUAAUAUGGUGUUCACACAGCGUUAAAAAGACUUUUUGGAUAUGUAUUAUUGAUGUUGCGUUAAUUGUUCAAGAAAAAUUCAGGUGUUUUUCUCUCUUGGUUGAUCAGCUCAAUAAUUGCGCGCGGCGGCGGCGAAGCAUCCGUUUUUGCUCAAGUGGACACAAAAAAAAAGAAACGUUUAUCACCGACGUCUCAAUCAAAACGGUGAACGUGUUUCUUUUCUCACUAAAAUUGACUCUACCGUGGAGAAGUUUCUUAAAAGGAGAGUGCUCUGUCUGUGCGGUUUACCAUUACAGGACAUCAAAUAAGAGAUUCAAGUGUGCGCGUCUUCAAACGCCUCAUACGCUGGCCAAAGGAAAAAAAAUCGAUAUUGAGCCCAUCGAGUUUUUUGCGAAAUAAAAUGUACACGAUCAAUUUUUAACUGUAAAAUUUCGUGAUUUUUUCCAAUGCAGACAUAUCAGUGAAAACUGCAAUUCGGUUCCCGGACCGAGCUGCAUUUCGCCCCUUAUUUGAAAUAAAUACGCAUUCUUUCAGAUCAGGCUUACUAGUUCCUAUUUUUCAAAGUGACAUUUGCUUACAUUUUUGCGCACUAAACACUAGAAACGCUAUACUGUUGCAGAAGUCAAUUACAAAAGCACUCACUCACUCACUCACUCACUAGUCGUAAUUCUAAAACGCAAUUUGCGCAUAAGAACUGCCAAUUUGGCCAGUGUGUGAAGGCUCUGGCGCUUUCUUUGUAAACUCUGUGUUGUUGGGCCUAUGCCGUUAAAUUAAACUAAAAACAAAACUACUAAUUACAAUUAAAAUGGUGCGCGGGUGCGGAGAGAAGGAGAAUAAACUCGUUAAAAAAGACACACAAAACAAAACAAACACGUUGAAACUGUGAGAGGCCUAUGUUGAGAUUUUGAAAAUCGAUCAGUGUUUAGCGGAUUCUCAUAUAUAUUAUAUAAAUGUCUGUUGAUUGCGAUGAUCUCUCGAUUCGAUUCGGAGCCGUUUUUCUUUCUCCUUGAGACUCACCGUUUUUACUGUCGCGGUGAAGCAUAUAUGCGAAGGUGCGUAAACAGAAUUUGCAUGAUGUGAUCAAGAGUUGGAGAUUAAUUGUUAAUCGGCUGUUCUGUACUUAAUUGUAGACACGAAAUCUCCAGUGAGCCUGAAUGCGCGUGUGCAAAGAGACUUUUUAUUAAUAAACACAAAAUCUGCAA